CAAGCAUUUCCCCAGACAUGAGCGCCAAUGGUGUUGCGACUGUGGCCGAAAGCUACCAGAAGUUCAACCCUCGGGCCUACCUGCAAAACAACUACAUGCCACCCCGUGCCAACUUCGCUAGCGAAGAGUUUGCAGUGCCCUGGAAACUUCGAUGCCUGGCAGAUGCCUUUGCCACAGGGAAAAUCUGCGGCCGUACCCUUAUUGAUAUUGGCACAGGCCCCACCAUUUAUCAGCUCCUCAGUGCCUGCGACUACUUUGAGGAGAUAGUGGCCACAGACUACCUGGAAGUGAAUCGGGCCGAGAUACAGAACUGGGUGCUCGGUGAAGACUCCAGCUGCUUUGACUGGUCUCCUUACAUCCAGUAUACUUGUAAGAUUGAAGGCAAGGGGGAACCGUGGAAGGAAAAAGAGCAAAAGCUGAAGAAGAAACUCAGAAGGAUCCUUCCCAUCGAUGUCCACCAGGCCAAACCUCUAGGUUCCUCUCUCAGCCAACCAGCCGACGCUUUGGUCUCUGCUUUCUGCCUGGAAGCCGUGAGCCCUGACAGGCCGAGUUUCGACCGGGCCCUGCAGAAUGUCACGACGCUUCUCAAGCCCGGUGGCCACUUCCUCAUGAUCGGGGCUUUGGACGAGUCCUUCUAUUUGGCUGGAGAAGCCAAGCUGUCGGUCGUGCCCAUCAGCGAGGCAGAUGUCAAGGAAUCCUUCGCCAAGAGCGGCUAUCGCACCCGCAGCUUCCGCUCCUACGUCAUGCCGCCGAGCCUGAAGAUUGGCGUGGAUGACGUGCAAGGGAUCUUCUUCAUCCAUGCGCAGAAAACAGCCUGAUCCCAGCUCGCCUAGCAGAAACACACACACACACACAAGGCCCUUGCCCCAUAAAACCCAGCUUAUUGCAUGCUGCCCCUGUUCUCUUCUGUAUUGCUGCUCCUGUGCUAAUAGCUGAUCCUCCGUUCUGUGGGUGCAAAUAAGUGUGUGUUCAUGUCCACACCAUACAUUUAACACGUUUAAAGCAUAUGCCCCCCCCCAACUGUAGUUUAUCCCUCACGGACCUAGAGUUCCCAUCACCCUUAACAAACUACAGUUUGCAGAAUGCUUUGGGAGGAAGCCAGAUGCUUAAAGUGUUUUCUUGCAUCGUUCACAUGGAUCAAUUUCUGUGGAAAAUAUAGUGCUGAAAUCUAAACAAAAAUCUUGUUGCUAACAGCCCUUUCGUGACAUCUGAAUGACCUGUUUGCAAUAUCAAGUCGUCGUCCCCCAUAUAUUGUAAAGCGCUUGAUGUUUCUUGUAAACUACUUAGAGGUUUUACUACGAUGCGGGUGGCACUGUGAGUUAAACCACAGAGCCUAGGGCUUGCCGAUCAGAAGGUCGGCGGUUCGAAUCCCCGCGACGGGGUGAGCUCCUGUUGCUCGGUCCUAGCUCCUGCCCACCUAGCAGUUCAAAAGCACUUCAAAGUGCAAGUAGAUAAAUAGGUACCACUUCGGCGGGAAGGUAAACAGCAUUUCUGUGUGCUGCUCUGGUUCGCCAGAAGCAGCUUAGUCAUGCUGGCCACAUGACUCGGAAGCUGUACGCCGGCUCCCUCAGCCAAUAGAGCGAGAUGAGCGCCACAACCCCAGAGUCAGUCACAACUGGACCUAAUGGUCAGGGGUCCCUUUACCUUUACCUUUAAGUGGUAUAUAAAUUUUGUUAUGAAAUAAAUCUGGAAGUACCUUUCCUUGGUACAUGUUCUUUAGGACAUGAAGCAGGAUGGAGGUUUCCCAAAUGUUGACCUUUUUAACUUUCCAUAUUAACUUAAAGGCAACCUAGCAUGUUGCAGAAGAUUCUGGGGCAUGGCCUGUGGUAGGCUUUUGUCUUCCUGUGUGAGGCACUGGCCAGGCCUCUUGGGCUUCAGAAAGUGCAACCCAGAAGAGAGCCGUCAGUCCCCUAUAUUCCCUGAUCACUGCAGGAGAAAAUCAGUAGGAUGGUGCAAGCAAAACCUGUAUUUCAGGUAAGCUUUGCUGCCAUUAUUAUUCCCUUUCCUGCCAAUGUUCAGGCAGGAGGUCUUGUUGCUUGUGUAGUAAAAAGCACCACUCACACACAAGAGGGAGGUACCAGAAGGCUUGAGGGAACCUUAAGUUUUGGGUAGAAGCACAGAAGUGAAUAAAUCCCUUGCACAUAGAAAACAAGUUUGUCAGGGACAAGGGUUGAAGUCAGGAAACCCUGACAUGCUGGUUUUCCGUGUGCAAUGUUUCGUAAUGGAGCAGCAUUUUGUAAUAUGAGCCCUCCGCUUGCCCAGUACAACCCAGGCACUAGUUUAUUACCGUACCUGUUUGUGACACAAAGGCAGAAAUCUAAGAGGGAAAUCUCCUCUUGCUGAGGAGAACAAGUCGUUAGAGUCUGAAUUGGGUGUGGCAGUCCUGAGAUCUUUUUAUUAAAAAAAACGGAGGCAUCGGAGGACAAAAUUAAGUACUUCACCAGACAUGUUUCGAUUUCUUAUUUAAAUAGCAGUUGCUGGUGGGCGGAUAUCAGAUUGGGAUGUUGUUUUUUUAAAACCCCUUCCCUUUGUGGCACAGUCCAGGUUAAGGGAAUGUUCACAUUACCACAUACCAGUGCGCUCCCACUGCUAAGUUUUUAGCUUUCACACAGCACCAGCCACAAUCGAGAUCAAGCCAGUGGUUUUCCUCACAAACGCUGCUGUCUGGUGCAUUCCCCCACCAAUCCAAUUCGAAAACUGAAUGCGGAAUAAGCGAUAAUAUGAAUGUUUGAGGCAGCCGUCACACAUGUGCCGAUGAGCGGAAAUGCUCCAUGAAUGUUCCAGGGGAGAGUGAUAGGGCCAGGAAACCAAAAAGGUGCUGUGUGUCAGGCAAAGGCACUCCCUUCCAAUGGAGGCCAGACAGGCCCCCUCCUCCCUACUGAAUCUCCGGAGACAUUUUUUUAAAAAUUCCAGCAGCCAUGGUAAUCGAAUUUUGACUUCAUAGUCUUCACUCGUUUUUACUUGUUGCAUUGUAU